AUGUUCCGUAAAGGUUAUGAGCUUUGUAUGACUAUUCCCAGAUCGCUUGAGGAUGACGUUUUAGAGAAAUAUGAAGAAGACAUCAAGACUGCAUCUGAAACUAUGGUCGAUGCCUGGAUCAUGGACGAUAAGGCUGCUCCCAUGUCUGAACGUAUUCUUAUUCUUGGUCAACAAUAUGAAAAGGUCUUGUUAAAAAACAUUCCUGAAGAGCAAAAGGAAGGUUUCUUUGUCAAGGAUAGUCUUUUAUUCUCUGCUUGGAUUUUGUUGGUCGGAAGACAAUUUAAGCAUUGUAUCACCACAUUAUCCUUAGCUAUUGAUACUUAUCCUGAUCUCCCUGCACGCGUAUUCUUCCUUCGUGCAUCUUGUUAUCUCUCUUUGGGUAAACUCAGACUUGGUAUUAAGGAUUUGGAAAAGGCUUUAGAAAGAGACCCCAAGUUCUCUAUUGCUUACUUUGUGCUUGGUUCUGUUUACUUAUCCAUGGAAAAUGAGCGUGAGAAUGCCAUCAAGAACUACAAGUUGUACCUUCAAAACGGACACGCCGAUACCAAUGACUCUGUCCAUGCACUUUAUGCUUUAUCCGUGCUUGUCAACCACAAGAAGAGAAAGAAUGAGGCACAUGAGUACUAUGUCAAGGCCAAGUUGGCUGAAGAACGUUUCAGAGAGUUAUACGGUGCACAUACUGGCUUAAGCGAGACAAAGCGUGAUGCUAUUCGUGCUCAUGAAUCUGAGGCUGAGGCUCAAAAGUUGAUCUCUUCUUAUGCACCCAAGAAGCAAAGUGAUCAAAAGAUGCAACAAUUGAUCCAAUCCGGUAUCUUGAAUAACUCUUACCCUCCUAACCCCAAGCAUUGUUCUCACUGUAACGCGGCUCAUGUCAAGGAUAAGCCUGAUACCCCUCUUUUAGCCUGUGGCGCCUGUAGAAGUAUCUGGUAUUGUUCUCGUGAAUGUCAAGUGGCCGAUUUCAAGACUUCUCACAAGGCUCAAUGUAAACAAUUCCAAGCUGCUAAGACUACUGCCGAACAAAAAUAG